AUGAGUACAAACAUAUUACAAUCGGCAACGAUAAAACUGUCAAACGUGAUUCUGCGCACAACUCAUUCUUUCAAAUGGCUCAACAUCCCGACCGAGGUCGAUGAAGCCAGUAGCUGCGCACAACUCAUUCAUCUAAAAUGGGUUAACAUUCCCACCAAGAUUAAUGAAGACAGAAGCUGCGCGCAACUCAUUAUCCCAGUUGAGCUGAUCAAGAAAGGAGAUAAAGUGGGUCUCUCUGAGGCCACCCUCCUGACCAAACUUGGAGUAGAGCCAUUCUCGUGUGGGCCUGCGAUUAUAUCUGUCUAUGAUAAUGGAUCUGUCGUAAGCCCAGAGGCGCUCAACCUCAUGAAGGAUGACCUCACUGACAAGUUUACAGCAGGUGUUUCUAUGGUUGCUUCACUGUCCUUGGUUUUCUCUUAUCCAACUCUUGCAGCUACGUUUCAUAUGUUCGUCAAUGCCUACAAGAACGUCCUUGCUGUUGCUGUUAUCUCUAUUGCAUCUGCUGAGAAUGCUGCUGCUCUUGCCUCUAAGGAGAAAGAGAAGAAGAACGAGCCUGUCAAUGAGCCUGACGAUGACUUGGGAUUCAGUUUGUUUGACUAA